AUGGACACGUCGCCUAUGAAUGCGUCAGCCGAGAGCGACGUGGACCUGAUGCACACCAUUUUGGGCGAGCAUGUGCCACAAAGUGUCAUUCUUACGUGUCUAAAUGCCUGCGCCUUUGAUGUGAGUGCUGCUCUGAACUGGUACUUUGCAGAGGUGGCAUCGUCUCCUGCUGUUGCAAUUCAAUCUACUGAUGUGCCUCCAUCCUCCAUCGUUUCGAAUAUCCAAUCGGGUUUAAGUCUUACACUUCAUGCACGUGCUGUAGAAGGAAUGGUGAGCAAAUCGGAGGCUUAUUAUGCCACGCUUACGAAAGGAGACCCGGCUUACGAUAUGCUCACACCAAGUAAUGAAAAGUUUCUGACUAUUCGCUUAAGAAAACGAGGAUGGCGUACUGGAAAAUUACUGGGAUUACCUUCACCUGCCACUCAGCGACCAUUUUUUGCCAAUGGAGACGUCGUGACGCUUGAAUGCAACGGUCUGUGGCUUAAAGCUAAUUCCAUUAACAAGAUGCUGCAAUGGAAAGCUCCAUCCGAAGACGACCGCAACAAAUUUGUGGUCAGAGGUCUUCCACUGGGCAAGAGCUUGGCACCAGGUGACUAUUUCUUUCUUACGAGCUACAAGUGGAAGGACAAGGAAAUCGUGUGCAAAGACGAGCGACCCGUUGGUACCAGCAGCUACAACACAAAUGUACAUCGAUGCUUCCUUGGGCUUGAGCGUAUCAAAACCGCAAACCAGCGCUUGUAUCUGUACGCAAAACUUACGUCCAAUGCAGUCAAGAGUCUGUCGAGACCUGACGAUCCGAUCGAUUUUGGCCACCUAACAAUCAGCGUCAUGGGGACACCCAUUUCCCCGGGGAGUACUACCCCGCGAGAGCAAGCGCAUUCGCGACGAACGGACUCGAUCUCAGACGAAAUUCAGUUUGCGAAUGCUAAGAUUGAGCAGAUGGCGAACAUUACUGGAACGGACGUGUCUCGAGAUCGCCUCGCUAACUUUCUAGACGGUGCUGGCGGGGAUGUUCAGGUCGCAUUAGAGCACUAUUUCAUGAGUGUGUCCACUGCUGCGAGCAGCUCAGCGCCUACACAAUGUGUCACAUCAGUUUCUAGUGUACCAUUACCAACACAGAGUGAUGUCGCCGAGUCAGCAGCAGCUCUCGAGGAGGUCCAGGCUCGUGGUCAUGCCGAAGCUCAAGCACACCACGAUCGCUGCCCGCUCAGCCAGCUCAUUUUGGGUAUCCCCUCCAUCUCUGAGACAGCGUUAUCACCAAGCACGGAACCAUUGUCGAUUACCCCCCCUGAAGCAAAGGCCAAGUAUAGAGCUAUUGUAGAUCCGCCGCGGCCGCCUUCGGUUGAUGCCACAAGCACUUUGGUUGGAGAGCCGUCGCCCGGCAUGCCGCCUCCUGUGCCCUCUUCUUGCCCACUUUCCUUUCCGCCUUCAAUCGCUUCGAUAUCAAAUAGCGGAAUGACUACAGUUCCUGUUCCACUAUCUGCCGCUGGUGGUGCCCCCGUGCUUCGAAUUACUGAGGACGAGGUGUUGUUGGACACCACUGACUCCUCGAAACACCAGAAGCAAACGGGACAGCGAAGGACUGUGCUCGAACAUAAAGGCGAUGCAAUAGCAGAGGUUGAAAGUGAACGAGCAGAGGCGCUUACAAUCCAGGAUUUUGAAAUGCUGAGUGUACUGGGCAAGGGUAGCUUCGGCGCUGUGAUGCUUGUUCGCUUUAAGAAGGAUGGCCGUGUGUUUGCUCUCAAGAUCAUCAAGAAAAACAACAUGGAUCAGGCUGAUGUUCAAAAUGCUAUGGAGGAAAGACAGAUUUUGCAGCGUAUACAUCACCCUUACAUUUGUGGGCUGGUCUUCGCCUUUCAGACCAACGAGCGACUUUAUCUGGGAAUGAAAUACUAUGCAGCUGGAGAUCUCUUUUACCAUCUCAACAUCAAAGGCCAUUUGGGCGUGAAAGACGCGAAGUUGUACGGAGCAGAACUUGUUCUGGCAAUCUCGUAUCUUCACGAAUUAAACAUUCUUUAUCGCGACCUCAAGCCUUCGAAUGUCAUGAUCGAUUCUGAGGGCCACAUCGGUGUAGUCGACUUUGGUCUGUCCAAGCAGCACAUUUAUGGUAGUAACUUUGGAGUCAAGACGCUGUCUGGCACGGCUGAGUACGUGGCUCCAGAAGCUCUUGCACAAUCUGCCGACGGUUCUCGUAACUAUGGCAAGGCGUACGAUUGGUGGAGUCUGGGUAUUGUUAUCUACGAAAUGCUGGUUGGUGAGUCACCUUUCUACGAGGAGAACGAGCACAAGAUGCUCAGCCGGAUUGCAUAUUCGGACGUAGUAUUUCCAUCGGACUUUCCACGCGACGCGUACAAAUUGGUAAAAGGGUUGUUGUCCAAGGAUCCGAAGCAGCGACUGGGAUCAGAGCAAAUGGGCGGCGUGGAUGCCAUCAAAAGCUGUCAGUUCUUUAGGCAUAUUGAGUGGGACAAGUUGCUGCGGCGAGAAGUUAAGGCUCACUGGACUCCAAAGCUUAGUGGUGAGACGGAUACAAGAUACGUGGACCCAGAAUUUAUCGACGAGGGUCCGCCUUCAGCUGCGUACGAUCCAAGCGCUACUUCUGGUAACUCUCGUAGCAAACGCUUUAGCCAAUUUUCAUUCAAUUAUAGUCUCGGAUGA